GAUUGAAAGCGUUCUCCCCCGCGGUAGAGCCCAGUACGCUGGGAGGAAGCCCGAAAUCCUUAUUUCGGAUCCGAGACUCUAUGGACCCUGAAAAUGUCAACAUUGGAAAUUACUCACAGAAUGUACUCACUCAACCAAUUGACAACAGCAUUUCUUCCUUGAGACAAUUUGAACCCCUUUGCCAAUUUCAUCAGACAGACUCGUUUAAUAAUGAAAUAGCAUUUCAAGAUCUGACGGAAAGCUUAUCUUACACAGAGGAGCCAGAAUUACAGCAUUAUGUAUGUGAUUAUGCAGAAGACACCAAUAUGCAGGAAGACUCAUUUAAGGAAGAAAACCCGAUGGGAUCUAGCACUUUCACACAUACAGAUCAAUUUGCUCUUGAGUGUGUCAGACAGCCUUCUAGAAGCCCACCUCUAAUCCAAUGCAGUGAAGAGACACUGAAAUUCAUGGAAAUGCCACUGGCUAAUAGUACUGCCAUGGAAUCUGCCCUCAAUCCUAGUCAGUCUCAAGACUUCUUGUGUGAGAAAGAAGUACACAGUGGUGUUGAACAACCAUUUUAUAAAGAAAAUAACUUUAACCUGCUUGAUGUGAGAGCUAAUUAUGAAACAGAGGAGAUUGCAGGUUCUAUGGAUAUUCCUGAGAUGUCAGUCAGGCACCAAAAGCAAGUCCCAGAAAAAGGCGGGUGGAGUCCACAGACGGGCUCAGCCUGGGCUCCUACAGGCAUCUGUUGGGUCGGUGGAGCUUCUCAGGAGGCCUGCGUGAUACCUGACUCAGAGCAGAGCUUGGAAAGCUUACAACCUCUGGAACAGGACAUGGCUUUGAAUGAAGUCGUACGGAAAUUAAAAUGUACUAACAAAGAAAAGGAAACUCGGAUCCAAGACCUAGAGCGUCAGAACACGUAUUUAGAGAAGAAGGUUGAGGAACUACAGAUGAAUGCCACUAAACAGCACGUGUUUGUGGACGUCAUCAAUAAGCUAAAGGAGAAGGUCGAAGAGUUAAUUGAAGAAAAGUACAGAAUAAAGCUGGAGAAGAGUGAUACAGAAAAGACACUGCGGAGUUUGCACGAGAUUUUAGUUACCACCCAAAACCACCUUCAGGAAUGCAGGAGUGAGAAGGAAACCUUACAGGUAGAGUUUAAGAAACUCAAGGGCAAUUAUGUUAGUCUACAGGAAAGGUACAUGACUCAUUGCAUGGAGAUGGACAGCGCCUUGAGCAAGAAAGAAGAAGAGAUAGAAAGCCUGCAGCAGCUCAAAGGAGAGCUGGAAAAGGCCACCAGUGCCGCUCUGGACUCGUUGAAAAGGGAAAGAGAGACCGGAAGAGAGUUCCUGUCUUUACGGGAGGAAUUUCAGAAACGUGAAAGGAAACACCUGGAUGAAAGAGAGAAUCUGAAAUCUAAACUCGAGAAAUUGGUCGCUCAGGUUCAGAAGGUCAAAUUCCUAUCCGACAGUGAAAAAGCUAAGAAUGCAGAACUCCAGCAGCAGAUCGACAAAGUAAAAAAUGAAAACACAAAACGUCAGCAGCAGGUUGCAAGGAGUGAGGAGCAAAAUUGCGUCCCUAAAUGUGAGAUAGCUCAACUCAAGGAGAUCUUAGAGGAUGUAAUAGAGUCAGAUGUGGCCAAGGAUACAAAGAUGACACAUUUUAAUUUGUUCCCAAAUCACUCGCCUUGUGAAGAAGGGAGCACAAACCCCCCAGACAUGAAAAGAACUUCACAGCCAACAUCCAGAAUUCUCAAUCUUCUGGGUCUGAUGGUAGAACUUCUCCCACAUCAGGACUUCAUCAAUCCUGAUGCUGAACAUUUCAAAGAGAAUGAGAAAGUUAGUGAUAUCAUGCCACAAAAAUUGAAGAGUUUUCAUCUUAAAAAGAAAAUUUUAGAUAAAGAGCUGCUGAAACAUAAAGACAAAAUCUCAGCUUUCAGAGAGUUACUUGCUAAUGAAAAAUCAUGUCAACAUCAGGUUCCUGGGGUUACAGGAUGUGACUCCGAGGAAGCCAAGAACGUCAGAGACGCGCCUGUUGCCCUGGCAGCCGAACUGAACCGGCACCACAACCUAAGCAAGGAGCUUGAUUUUUUGAUUGCAAAGUUGGGAAAUCUUCUAGAGACAAAAGAAGACCACUACAACAGACUCACUGAAGAAAAUGACAAGUAUCAAAGAAAUUUAGGCAACUUAAUAAAUAAGGUUACAUCUUAUGAGGAAAUCAUCAAAUGUGCUGACCAAAGGCUUGUGAUAUCCCACUCCCGGAUUGCACAUUUAGAAGAGAGAAAUAAACAGUUGGAAGAUUUCAUUAGAAGGUCCAGAGAGAGAGUCAGAAAACCAAGACCGAGAAGUCAUCCGAAGCUCCUGACCGUGGUAGGUCAUACUGAUUGAUGAUCAUUAUAAAGAAUGCGAUAUUUCCAUGUCAUUGUCAAAUUACACAAGAUUAAAUAAGAGUUCCUAAAGUUAUAUUUCAGUAAUGUUCAGCACAGCUUACCCCUCUUCCCCAGAUAAGGGCCUCUGGGCUGUGAUUACAGUUGGUCCCGCAAUCGGAAGCCCCUCCCUUAAUUGUAUUAGUUCCCUCGAUGUCCCAACGGUUUGAAACAAAAAUGUUGAUUAAAAUAUAGUAUUAGUAUUAUCUGUGGAGUUUAUCUGUAGGUUUUCCUCACACCUGUUUUUUGGUAUGUAAUCAAGAACGCACUGUUUAUGGAAUAGGAGUUCUGUAUGUGAUCAAGAAUUCCACGUGUAAUCAAGAGUUAGCUCUUCUGUUCCCAAAUGUCUGUCCUGCAAACUUAAGAAACAUUUUUUUCCUUUCAUUUUUAGAUGCCAGUUAUUUUAGAAGGAAAUAGAAAUGAUUUAGAUUAAACAGAACUGAAGAUUAACAGUUAAUCAUUUUUGUCAGCCUCUCCAGGAGCAGAGUCAUUACUGAGUACUGUACCCAGAUCAAUCCACACAAAUGAUACAUUAAAAUCUGUAUAAGUAGUGAAACUUUACAAUCCAAAAAAAUGUGAUUAUUUUUCUUCUAGU